AUGGCAGAUAAUGUCUUUGGCGAACCCAUCACAAACGCAACUUUGGAAGGCAUGCGAGAGUAUGCAUGUAGGCGGGGGCAAAUUGAAAGAAUCAACAGGGCACGCGUGGCCAUGAAUAUGAAAAACGCGGCCGGGAAGGACGUGAAAGCGCGAACACAUGCGGAAAAAUUGAAGGCAAAAUCCGGUGCCGGAAUCGCCACUCUCUGCCUUGUUUACAAUGCGACGGGAAGCACUCUAGAAUAUGUUGGUCAAAAAGAUUGGAUUGGCCUCAUGGGAAAGUCCCCAUACCCACCACUUAUUGCAAAUGGCCAGUGGGCUGCGUUUCUGCACGUCAGAGACCCCAAAAUUCAAUGGGGCUCUUCUGCCGCUGUAGUGUAUCGCGGAAAGAACGCUGGUGGUAUCAAUUGCGACUGGAUGCUGAGUUGGGCCAACCCGAAGGACAGGGUUACAUGGGACAACAGGGUAUGA